CUUUUCCGUUUUUCAUCGGCAGUAAAUAUGGUAAACGUACCCAAGCAAAGAAAGACCUACUGCAAAGGGCCGAAAUGCCGUAAGCAUACCCUCCACAAAGUUACCCAAUACAAGAAGGGUAGAGAUUCCGUAUUUGUUCAAGGAAAGAGACGUUACGAUCGUAAACAGAGCGGUUACGGUGGUCAAACCAAGCCAAUCUUUCAUAAAAAGGCAAAGACGACAAAGAAAAUUGUUUUGAAAAUGGAAUGUACUGAGUGUAAAUUCAAGAAACAAUUGCCCAUCAAGAGAUGCAAACAUUUCGAAUUGGGUGGAGAAAAGAAGAGGAAGGGACAAAUGAUCCAAUUUUAA